UAUAAAAUGGGUUCUGUCUCAAACUCUUCCCCUCAGACACAAGGCUCUGAUCACACAAAACAGAAGCCAAAGAGAGAACAAAACAUCCCGUGUUUCUUCUUGUUGGGUUUGUGGACCGAUUCGCCUACUCCGAUAACUGAGUCAUUUGGAUUGUGGAACCGUUCGGCUGUGUACUUUAACUAAAUUGUUGGUGUUUUCGAGACUCUUUUUGGGAGGGUUUCUUCUGUGUGUUGAAGAAGCUUGUGAAAAAUGAUGCCAAUGUACGGAUACAUGGAUUCACACCCAGAGCAGAGAAGUCAGUCCUUCUCCUUCCUUCAAUAUCCUUACCCACCUUACCAACCAAACCCACAUAUGGGAUGUGUGCCUUGGCCUUAUGGUGGCAACUUUGGCUAUCCAAACCCUAUGCCAUGCUAUUCUUGCUGUGACCAUAAUAAUGCUCCUGGUUAUAAUGGUUUCAGACCUUCCUACCCUCAAACUCCAAUGCCAUCACCAAUGCAUUUUUCUGGUGGUUAUCCUGCUCCGUAUCAUGAAGCCUACCCCAUUCAUUAUGUUCCGCCUCCUCAUUAUUCGAUGGAGCUUCCUAAGUAUGAAUAUGACAAGAACAUGUCGGGAAGUCAUCACUGCUGUGGGUGUCCUAAUCACAGCCACCAGAAUGCAAAUAAGGGUGUGAGGAUUGAAGAACAAGAAUGAGAGGAUGUUGUUCAGAAGCAGGCGAAUGAAUCAUUAGUUCCAGCGCAAAUGAAGAACUGCCCUUAUCCAAUUUUGUGGAUUCCAGAAAAGGAGCACAGGAACAUUACUGGUCCAGAUCAUAUUGGAGAGCAAAAGAAGACUUCAAGUGAUGCAAAACCUGCUGAGAGUUUGAAAUCUCAGGGAAAUCAAAGGCAGGUUAUGUUUCCUACUGACAUGAACAACAUGGAAACUUUGAUGCAAGGUGGAACUGGUGAGCGGGUUCAAGAUCAAUGCAAUGAGGACAUAAAGAGGGAAUUUCCAUUUCCAAUUUUUUGGAUGCCCUCUCACGAUAAUAAGCAUGACGGGGCUGAAAAGAAACACAAGGACAUGGAUGCAUCUCAGGAGCAGCAGACUGAAGAACGUAAGAAGCAAAUCCCAUUUCCAUUCUUCUGGUUCCCUUAUGAAAAUAAGGAGGAGAAUGAGGAAAAGAAGAAGCAAGCUGUUGCUAGUGAGACUAGAUUCAAUGAAGAUAAAUAUGCUGGGCAUCCAAAAGGAGAUGAAAAAGAAGUUAAUCAGAAAGUCAUACCAGUGAAGCAUGUCAAAUUACCUAUUAAGGAGGACAACUCGGAAGACACUAAGAGAGGAAGAGAAGUCUCUGUGAAGCAUGUGGAGGACAGUUUAGUUAACAAACCUUCUGGUAGCAGUGUUCGAAGCCGGUCCUCAUCCCCAAAGAAGUCAUCUAAGCUACCUCCUGUUUGUCUGAGAGUCGAUCCCUUGCUAAGUACGAAAAAGAAGAAUGCUGGUGGUACUUCACGAUCUCCAAGUCCUCCUGGUCAUAAAAAUGUCCAGAAAGACACUUCGACCGACACUACCAAGGCCUGUGCUUCAAGUUUGCCAGAGAACUUACAGCAAAAUCAACAGCCCCACCAAAAAAAUGGAAAGGAGGUGAUUCCAUCCAAGGAGGAGAAAGUUACUGAGGUAGUGCAUAAGGAAAUUAGCAAAAGCAAGGAAUCAAUGCACACAUCUCAGGUUCCUAUUAAUCGUAAAGAUGCUUCCGCUGAGCCAACUGUUGGGGAAGCUGGCAAAAAUGGAAGCAAACGUGAGUUCAAUGAAGAUCAAGGAACAGGAAAGUGUGGAGAUACAACAGCUCAGAAUGUGGACGAGGCGAAGAAUAUUGAGGAGUCAGUUUUACCAGUGGCUGAUGGAAGUAACUUUGAGAAAAAGAGGUUAUCAGAUGUAGCGGCGGCUGUUCUUAUUCAAUCGGCCUACCGUGGGUUCUUGGCAAGGAGGUGGGAACCAUUAAAGAAGUUGAAGCAAAUAACUGAGAUACAUGAGCAGGUGAAUGAUAUUCGGAAUCAAAUCAUAUCCUUAGAGACUUCGGAUCUUAAGAAGGAUGAUAAGCAAAGAGUGGUAAUUGGAGAAACGAUCAUGAGACUUCUUCUUAGGCUGGAUACAAUUCAGGGUUUGCUUCCGAGUCUCAGAGACAUGAGAAGAUCCUUGGCAAGGGAGCUUGUACUUUUGCAGGAAAAGCUUGAUGAUGUAAUGUCAAAACAAUCCCAAGACACAGAAUCCGCUGUUAAAUCUGAGGAAGAGCUCAAUGCUAAUGGUGACAACAUUGCCUGCAUGUCAGAGCAGCAAGUAGAGGAAGUGGCAAAAGUUGGUGAAGAAUCGUCCCAUGGUAUCAGUAAUAACAGUCAUGUUGUCUUAGAGACUUACCAGGGGAACGUGACUCACACCAUGAACUCUCCCUCUGCUGUGGAGGUUGAGGUGCCAGAACUCUCUAAACAAAAAGAGCCGCACACGGCACCUGAGAAUGACCAGCAUGAUCUUCCUGCGGAUAGUGAUCUAAAUUCUAAGAAUCUUGAUUCAGGGCCUACAGUAGAAUUGAAAGAUGGCGCUGGUGAACAACUUAGUGCUGGACAGGAUUUGGUGGUGGAUACAUACAUGAACAGUGGUGUGUCUGAGCUUGAGCAAUCCGGUGAAGCUGCAAUGCCUGUAGAAGACAAGCCGGACCAUAGUGUUAUUUUAACCACUUCAGAGGUUGCAGGUGGUCCAGAGUUGGCUCAAGUAGCUGUUAAUACUGAGCCUGCUGCUUCAGAGCUUGGAAACGAUGAAGCAUUAGAAAUGAGCAAGGAUCAAUCGAAACCAGGUGGGGAAGUGGGGUUGACUAUGUCACCUGAUAUAACUUAUCCAACAGCUGUUGAUGAUGCAACUGAGAAAGAAGCGGAGAUGCAUGAGCUAUUGCAACUAGGCACAGCUAAUGCAGGCAGUGGUGUGCUUCCCGAAUUGAUUCCUGAAUUGAAGAAGAAUGAAGUUCACGUAGUGAAGGAAAAUGAUGUAUCAAAAUGUGGGGAGGAAGAAAUACUGGUUCUGCAACAGGAGGAGGGACCAAUUGAGAAGUCAAUACAGGUGGGUGGCAAAGUUGAUGAGGAGCACACAAGAGAUAUAAUACUUGAUUCAGAGGUUGGGCAGCAUCACCUAAAUGAAGCUAGUCUUGCUGAUCCUUUGACAGCAGUCUCUCAAACAGUUGUAUCACAGACAUUGAGCUCACCUGUCGAGAUGAGCGCUCAAGAUAUGAUGAAUGAAAACGGGCCUUCAGAUGUGAUUGAUGGUGGUGAUACCUGCUUGUCUACAAUGGUUGAUGCUAAUGCACCUAAUGGGGAUGAAAUUGAGAAAAGUAGAAGAGACUAUGAAGAAGAUACUGAGGUGAAUACAAACAAAGCUGGAGCUGAAGAAAGCAAAAAUGAAGAAUCAGAUGCUGAAACUGCGGGAGGAGAUGCCGUCAUUGGGAAGAAUGAGCCAUUGCCUGCAACACCAAUCACAACUGAGGGUGAUGGAAUUGUCGUGGGCAAUGAAGGUGCGAGGAAGCUAAUUGAAGAGAAUGAGAAGCUAAGGGAAAUGAUGCAGAAGCUGAUGGCAGCAGGAAAUGACCAGUUACAAGUGAUAUCCAACCUCACUGGUAGAGUGAAAGAUCUAGAGAAAAGGUUGGCCAAGAAGAAGAAAUUAAGGACAAGAAGAAGUAGGGCUGCAUCAUCUCGGUCUUCCUGUGUCAAACCAGCAAGCAAUCACUAGAAGGAGAACGCUGGUAUUGCAAUGACUAAAGGUUUCCAGAUUCUGAUGCUCUCUUUCUCUGUCUUGAAACGAAAUUGCAAUGUUGUAAUGGUGAGCCUUGUAUAUCUGGGAUGUGAGCCUUGUAUCAGAAUUUGUUACUAAUGAAUGAAGAAGUUGUACAUCAAAUCAGAAUUUGCUCUU